UUGACAGUGAAAGUUAGCGAUUCAAGUUCAACAAUCACCCCGCCCCUUUCCUCCGUCUGGGAAUGCUGGGAUGUUUACAUUACUGGCACGGGUCAGGAAUGGUGAGCAGCUGAGGGAAAGUGUCUGAGCAGACGACCGCCUUACAAAACUCGUUGACAACAGACGUUCAUCUGUCUUUUAUUCGGAACGUGUCCAGUGAGGUCCCCGAGCUCUACUACCGCUCGACCUUGGCUUGAAGAGAAGCAGAAGAUCCGCCAUCAUCAUCGCAAACCCCAGACUGUGGAGGCAUAGCUAGGCUGCCACUUCCUGGGGUGUAAGGGAUUGAGCUCCUGUCAACAUGAACGCAGAGCCACAAGGUCAACAGGAAGCAGUCCCUGCUUUUCAGCCAGAGAUGGCGCCAAUACCUAUGGAUGCAAACAUGAGUCAGAUGGUGAACUUCCAGAUCGUGAAGAAGAUCGGCAGCGGGCAGUUCAGUGAAGUCUACCGGGCUCUCUACUUGGUCAACAACACGCCGGUAGCCCUGAAGAAAGUCCAGAUAUUCGACUUGAUGGAUGCCAAAGCUCGGCAAGAUUGCAUCAAAGAAAUAGAUCUCCUUAAGCAACUGAAUCACCCUAACGUCAUUAAGUAUCAUGCCUCCUUUAUUGAAGACAAUGAGCUGAAUAUUGUUUUGGAGCUGGCUGAUGCCGGGGACCUGUCACGUAUGAUAAAGCACUUUAAGAAGCAGAAACGGCUCAUUCCGGAGAGGACGGUGUGGAAGUACUUUGUGCAGCUGUGCAGUGCACUGGAGCACAUGCAUUCCCGACGCGUUAUGCACAGAGAUAUAAAGCCCGCUAACGUGUUCAUCACAGCCACGGGUGUGGUGAAGUUGGGAGACCUGGGACUGGGCCGCUUCUUCAGCUCCAAGACCACCGCUGCACACUCACUAGUGGGCACCCCUUAUUACAUGUCUCCGGAGAGGAUACACGAAAACGGAUAUAACUUCAAGUCUGACAUCUGGUCGCUAGGCUGCCUUCUCUACGAGAUGGCAGCCCUGCAGAGCCCCUUCUAUGGAGACAAGAUGAACCUGUACUCCCUGUGUAAGAAGAUUGAGCAGUGCGACUACCCCCCUCUGCCAUCCGAUCACUACUCCGAGGAGUUAAGGAAACUAGUAGACAUGUGUAUUAACCCAGACCCGGAGAAGAGGCCGGACAUCACCUACAUAUCCGACAUCGCCAAGCACAUGCACCACCUGACGCUGGCCAAUCAGUGAGGACAGCCCGCUCCCCUCCGCCGUCUACCAUCAAGUCGCCCCCCCCCUUUCUUUUUGAAUGCCCACAGUUCUCCUGGGAAGAGAUUUUGACUGAGGACUCACAAGUUAACUUCCUCAGAGCAAAAAAAAAAAUCACACCUCUCCCACCUCAGCGUGAAGCCUCCAUCACACCCCGGACUCCCCAGGAAGACGCUUCACCACCCCCGAACUCUCCUCUCUCUACCCAGGCCGUCUCCCAUGGCACCCCUGCUGGAUCCCUAGUCCCAGGUGUGGUGAUCAGUGAGGUGGAUUUGUAUGUGACACCCCCACCACAUAGAAACACACACACAUAACACAUAUCUAUCUCUCUCUCUCUCUCUCUCUCUCUCUCUCACACACACACACACACACACACUCUCACACACACACACACACACACUUGUCAGUACCUAUGCACUGUGUGUAAUUAGAAGCUGAGAUGUUUCGGUCACAGGGAAAUCACAGGUACAGUACACUCCAUGAAGCCUUACAGUCCAGACAGUGCAAUAGCAAAAAGAGACGUAGUAUUAUAUAGUUCAGAAGAAACUAAAAAGAAAAUAGCAAAAAGGUUUUACUUAGCGUGAUGUAGAAUUAUGUGUAACAAGUCGGUUAUAUGAUGUACAAAAUGAAUGUUGAAAUAUUAAAUCAUGAUUUAUAAUAACCCCAAUGGCAAAAAGUGCUCAAAAAGACAAAAAAUCCUUGGCAUAGUGUGUUUACAGUGUAGGCAUCAAUGUCUAAGGACAUCUAAAUAGUCCUUGUGAUCUGAUAUUUAAAUGCACUAAUGUCAGGUAUGCAAAACUGGGAAAGUGGUCUGUAGAUCACAUGGGUACAGUCGGCUAUGAGAACAUGUGUAACAUAACACAUACAUCACUUAGUUCAUCAGGUUCAGUUGGAAAACGUAGUUAUAAUAUGCUGGGUGGCAACCUCCCUGCUGAGGACCUUACUAGGUCUUGUGUUUUAGAUUAGUAUAUUUGUAUAGAGACAUGCAGGAUGUUGCAGAGUAAGGUGAUUGGCAUGAUUGUUGUGUGCUCAUGGGGGUUGGUUAGCACAAAUCUGUUCCUGUUUAAUUAAUUCAUGAAGUCAAUAUUCAUCAGAAUGUUAGUAAUUAUAAGCAAAACUAUACAAAGCAAUGCACAUUUUUGACUCAGUUUCGGUCUAAUAGAGGAAGACAGCUAUUGAAUAGUGUUUGUCAUGCAAGAUCUUAUUAGUUUAAAAACACAUUUCCAUCAGCUUAGUUAUAGGCAAACAAAUUGUACAAAUGUUCAAUAGCAACUUUAUAUGUAUUCAUUUACUAAUGUAUUUUAUUGUUACUUUCUAGUAAUGGUUAUGACCAAAUCUAAACAGCAGAACAAUUUAAUGUGUUUCAUACCAUUCCCUGAAAAUAGCGGUUCAUAUUUCAUUUAAACUAUAUAGCUGUUUUAAGACACCAUAAAGGAACCUCAACUGUCCAAUCAAAUAUAAAAUAAUACUUAUUUCUGCUCAAGGGAUUCUAGCCUCUGCUGGCCUAUUCAGACUAUCGGCCUUUUCUUGCCUAUGAGUUGCAGCACCCAAGUAACUGUGUUAUUCUAGUUGUUGUUUUGAAAUGUUUAUACAGAUCAUAGUGUCUAAAGUUAGAUUUGAUUUUGAUGUUACUGGGAGUUUGUGAAUUGAGGGUUAUUUGUUGUAACUGACUUUGUAGAAAUUGCAUUGCAUAGGUUGGGAGGAAUUACAGUGUAUAGCCUGCCAAAUAACACAAGAAACAUGCUGUGACCCUCAGAUGUUUGGUCACCUUAAUGUUAUAAUCUGCCUAAUGGUAAUCUAAUCAUUGUAACAAAGGAAAGGUCCGCAGCCUGACAUGACCCUGAACACACCCUGACAACAGGGGCCAGGAAGCAAACUGAGUUGUGACGCAACACCCACCAAUUUUAGUAUGGGAAUGGGAGAAGACCAUAGAGAGCCAUCUUGGGCGACAAGUCAGAAAUAAUUUAAUAACAUAUGAAAAAAGGUUAUGGGGCCUGUUAUUUGUAUUAGAAACCUAGUUUACAUCAAGAGUGAAGGAGAUAUCUUAAACAAUAUGUAUGGCUAGAUUUUGACAAGCUAAUGUUGUUCAGACCAUUGUGGCUGAAGCUGAAGUAUGUUCUGCCUGCUUUGUUAGUACUCUUUAGUGGGAUACAGACAGAUUGCUGCAUUAACCACAAGACGUACAUCCUUACUUUUUUUGCACCCCUCCCCUCAAGAUGAACAAAACUCACUUUUGUGACUCAAGUGAAUUUCCCUUUUUCAAAAGAGUGUCUUCCUCUUUUUGAAAAUGGGAAGUCAUUUAUCACCAAUUAAGGUCAUGUAUGGACCCUUUCAAGAGAGUUCCCUUAUCAGCAUCAUAGUUGGCCCCACAAGACUCCCUGCUAGCUGAUAUCAGCUUGGUGGCGAGAGUCGUAAAAACAAAGGAAAAAAGUAAAAACUGUGCAUCUCAUGUUCCUGUGCUGACUGUACCCAUUCUGCAGAAUCGCUCGGCCUUCCCUUUCCACUUCUAGCCUGGUGGCCAUUUCACAUAGUUCUUCCCCUUCUGACAAUAUGGUCACUAGGGUGCUUUGAGAGACAGGGCCCAGUUUCGAAGCAAAUCUAGAUGUUAUUCCAAUCAUAGCAGUGUGAAAGGUUGUCUUAUUUCGCUGUAAUGCAUAACUAAUACUGGAGGUCCUGUGCAGACUAGGUUACCCUGUACUGUAGAUGUGGCCUUCCCGAUGCUUAUAUCUUUCUGUGCAGUACAGGCUAUUUUUGUAUAUUUGCCACCAUUGCUUAGUAAAAACUAUUUGCAAAAAAAAUGUUUGCAAACAAAGGCCCUAAUAUACCAAAGAUUUUCUACAUUCAUUUGCAUUGUACUGGUAUUUGCUUGAGUGCAGGUAGUUUGUGCCUUUUUUCCAAUAAGAAGCCUACAGUUGGGUCAAGUGCCUUUCUCUGUGGGGAUAUAGUCCACUGAUGUUUGUGCUUUUGUAUUUUACCAUCAAGGAAUGAUCCCUUGAAUGUAGUCAGCUUGUUUACGGCUAACAUCACAUUUUGGGACUCACAGGUUUAAGUUUAGGACUAAAACUGUACAGAAUAGGUACUUUUCAAAAAGAAAAAAAAUCUGUUCCAUGACAAUUGCACAUUUUAUUUCUUGUUUGUUACAACUUUUGCUAUGUAUAUUUACCCAUGUUCCAAAAAUAUGUUCCAAAGAAACGUUAUUAAUUCAGUGUAUUCCAUUUCAUCGGUGUCGUGUGUUUUACAAGCUCCUGCUCGAGUUCCCUCUUGGAGACGCUUUGCUAGGCUCAGAGGUUGUUGUGAAGUGUGCAGACACAGAGGGACAGGAAUGAUCAGAAGAUAUGUGCUUUGAAAAUAAACAACGAAAGGCAAGCGGCUCUCGCACACUAUUGUCUGCAUACUGUAUUUUAAAGGCUGCUGUGUCGGAUGUAACACAUAUGAAAUGGUAUUUUUUUUUGUUUGUUUGUUUGUUUUGAAGUAGUCGAGCGCAUUUUUAAUUCCAUGCAAGUGUUUACCUUUUUUUCGGUAUCAGUGUCAUGUAAUCAAUGCAUUUUUGUUUUGGUAACGCAGUAACAAACUGUAUAUCAACUCCUGUUGCCUUUUAAAGAAGUGAAUGUUUUAUUUAUCAUGUCACAUCACUUUGCUCCUGGUAAUGAAUCUGUACAAUCUAGAAUGGGGUUGCAUUAGGAGACAGUUAGAAAUGGAAAUUAUUGUUUGUUAUUAUGGGAUGGCAAAAUUAUGACCUCUUCCCGGUUAUGUUUUGUGUGUAUGUGUAUAGUUGUGGUCUGCUAAAAUGAGACAUAGUAAGCAAAAACAAAAAUUGAAUGCCUCUGUGCAUGUUUGUCUCAGCAGGACCAGUUCCAUACUUUCUGAAGGGUUUCAUUUUUUAAAUCCCCUCUUAUUAUUUUUGACGAGGCAGACAGGCAGCUUUUUUUCCCCCUUUUAUUUAUAUUUUAUUUUGUUUUUAUUUGAACAUUUCAUGGCUUAUCUUUUUGUUUUCCAGGAGAAACAGUAAUAGUCUGUGUGCUAACAGAAUAAACAACAAAAAAUGUAAACCUAAA